AUGACCGCAACGCAUCUCGAAAGUGCGCCGCUUCCCGGGUACGCCCAUAGCACCACCACCGUCGAGACGGUCCCCUCGUACAACGCCGCUAGCACCACCGCCCCAUUCCCUGGAAACCUUCCAUGCUCGCUCACCGUCAAGAACCUCGACCGCAAGCGUGACCCCAUCCUUUUUGUUGAUGAAGCUGGCCGCGUCGUGUUCGAGUUUAUCCAGCUCGAGUACUCUCGCGAAUCCAGCUUUGACAGCUCGCUUUAUGGCGAACUGGUCAGCAACGCAGGAGAAAUCUUUGCGUCGCCCGUCAAGCUCGUCGUUUCUGCAAAGGACACUAUUCCCUUCGCCGUUCGAAAGCACGUCGCUUCAUCUACCUACGAGAUCAUCGAACUGGAGCACGACGGAAGCUUUGGCAAGUGCACCAAGAUCACUACGAAGGGGCUCUUCAAGAACAAGUACCACCUCGAAAGUGCGUCUGCACCAUCGUCGCCGCCAGGAACCCCCAGCUCGGACGACGUUUACAUCAAAGGCUCUCUCAAGAGUCUCAACGUCUCCCUUCGUCGUAACGCUGAUGGCCAGAAAUCCACACUGGUUGAGCUUAUCAAAGGCGUGCAUGCCACCGUAGCCCACUUCGAUUCGUCCAUCACAUCCCUCCCCAGCUCGUUCUCGAUCCCAUACCUGGUAGCAGCUCUCUUUGCCGCCAUCGACAGCCACCGUGAGCACUACCUCACCUUCACCACCAACGAAAAACUUGAUGAGCUCCAGGCAAAAGUCCGCCCUUCCACGUGGGACAGUCUCUUCUUGCAGGCAGGUCAGACGAGCAAGAAGCAGAAGGAAUUCUCGCAGCAACUAGAAUCGGAACGUGUACGGGAGUACAACGAGGCUGUGCACAAUAAGGGCGCUUUCCCGAACGGUUUUCUUCCUGCGCAGCGUUCCAGCUCGAAAAGCAGAAAGUUUGUUCGCAAAAUGUGUUGCUGUGUGGAGCAUUCCGCUGAAUCUGGGUCCUGCCGUCGGAGCAUUUUGUCGCGGGUUGAGUACAGUCGUUAUGCGUCACUCGCUGCGUUUGAUGCUGCUGCGUACUGGGCUUCCACGACGAUACUGUACGAGCGUCGAUUUUCGCCAUUCGCCACUCAAAAUUCUGCGAACGACGCCGAGCUGACCCCCCGGCUGACCUUGCCGAGAUCCACGAUGUUUAAAGCCUUGUGUUGGAGCUCCGUGGGAAUGCGAGCGUCGAUAGAUCCACAACACACAAUGAGGUGCGGAUUCAGAACCACGUUCAUGUUCAGCACGCUGUCCAUGCUCCUUCUGCUCUUGGCUCCUUUCGUCGCUGGACUGGAUCCGGUCCGACGCGCAUCUGGAAACAACGUUGCCGUCUGCACCUUGCCAGCGAAAACGGAUCCAGCAACAGUCUCCAAUCUAGUCCGAGGAAUCACUUUUACUCUAUGCUCUUCUGCCAUCCCACCACCUCCAGCAGGAGUUCGUUUCGCCUUCGUCUCCAUCACGCCUGAAUCCGGGUUCCAACAGCAGUUCUGGGAUAUCGGGGGAGACAAUUUUGACUCUUACUGGUUGAGACAGGGGAGUGAGAUGAAGUUGGCGAUGGCCCAUCCAGCAGAGGCACCGGAGAAAGAUGAGAAGCCGUCGGAAUCGGGAGAUACGAGCGAUGCUGAUCUGGUGCCUCUGGGCGAUCCUAGUCUUGCGGUGUAA